CUCAUGCCCCCACGAGCUCGUUUAGUGCUGGAUCUGGCCAAAAACAGAGAGCCGGCGACCCCAACGCGAACCCAAGGAGCUGGGGGGCACCUAUGGGGCUUAAUUCGCCGUUUUACAUGCGCUCAUCCACCUGGCAGCGUCUCUCUUCUCUCCUGCCCCUUUCCCUCCCUGGCCCACCCACGUGCUCCCCUCCACACACACCCAUCCUCUCUCUCUCUCGAGGCCGGGCUCCUCUCUCUUCUCUUCUCCUUCUCUUGCUUCGCGGCACCCGGCACGCCGCCGCCCUCGCCUCGCCGCGCCCGGCUCGCCACCGCUGUCGCCUCGCCACGCACAGGUCCGAAGCAUGGCCAUCACGUGCUCCUCCUACAGCUGGGCCGGACGCGCCGGUGGAAAUGGCGCACACGCCGCCCGCGCCUCCUCUUCCUGCUCGCCGCUGCCGCUCCUCCACGCUGGUGCGGCGCCGACACGGGCGAGCUCGCGGUGCGCGGGCGCAGUGCAGGCACGGGCCUGCCCGAACGGGUCGGCCGGCGGGGAUGACGCCGGCGCCCCAGAUGAUGUCGGCCUCGUCGGCCGGCGGGGACGAGCUCCAGGGUCGGGUCGGCCGCGUGAUGCAGGGGCGGCUCGAGGGACCGGGCAUGGGGCGAGGGAGUGGGGCACGGGGCGGCUCGACGUCGGCCUCCAGCCGCCCGCUGCAGGCCGCCUACGCGCUGAGCCGCGGCCGGCGCGCGGCCAGCACGGACAGGGACGAUGGGACCCCCGGCAGGGUAUGUCACAAGAUGGCUGGGCGAGGCGCUGUACAAGAUGAGGUGCGCGCGCGGACGAGCUCCUCGUCGGCCCUGCCGCGGAGCGGACGCGGCGGCGGCUCGCCAGCCCCGGCGCGGGGCGGACGCGGCGUUCAACAUGAAGGCGGUCAAGCGGGCGAGCGAGUGAGGCGUCGACUGGGGGCUUAAACUACUGAAAAAAUUCUCGUCCCAAAAGCAAAAUUAGCGCCGGCAAGUUUUUAUCCGGAGGAAAAAUCGCAUCUGGGGACACAACGGCUGGAAAUGCUCUAACCAUGUAGACUCGGCUGGUCCAAUAACAUCUAAAUUCUUGCAUUUACAGCAAAGUGAAUUCAAGGUCUCUUCCCCGACAAAGCUUGGAACCUUACAUUAUUGGGUAGCACAUGAGGCCUCACCACUUUAAUUUAUGCCUUGAUGGAGAUAUACCAUCAAUCACCAUCACCUUCUUUCCUUCUUUCUCUCUUUCUUUGUAGGCGCUCUCCUCCCCGUGAUUUUCUUUGUCAACAGUGUGUGUGGGGCUCGAUCGACACGUCGUGGUGGGCGCCCACUCUCCGUCGCUUUGCUUUGUCUCGUCUCUUAAAGAGCUCCACACCAUAUCCUCUAGGCUCAAAAUUAGUUACUAACACUGCCUCAUCUGCUCAUCUUGUCCACUUGUUCUAGCUAGCUAGCUUGGAGCCUCUGAUUCAUGGACUUCCCGGAAAAGAAGGCUGGAUCCAUGGAUCCGGUGACCGUUGCCAAGAAGACGCCUCGUCCGGUUGAUGUCUGCGCGUGGGCGCUCUUCACCGCCUGCGCCACCGCGUUCUCCGUUGCCGUGGGCUACUCAAUCGCACACGCACACGCACACGCACACGCACACGCACACGCACUCGACCGCUUCCACGCCCCCUGCUGGCAGUGGCAGGUAACGACGAGCCGACGACCCUUCUCCCUGAUUCCAGUUCCACUACCCUUCUCCCUGCAUGCGUUCUGAAUUUCCCCUGCCACAAUUCUCCUUUCUGCCUUGUGACCACCUGACGGACGCGGACAAAGCCGUGGUGAACGCCGUCUGCCUCGGGAUGUUGUCCUGAGUCCCGGUCCUGGCGGCCUGGGCGGUGCUGGCGCUGCGCCUCCUUUGCCGCCGUCGCUGGGUCCGCCGCGCCCUCGCCUGCCUCGUGCUCGCGCUCACCAUCGUCGGCCACUGCCUGUACGCCACCGCAGCCUGCCUCGUCCUCAUCGCCCACCAAGGACACAUCUUCAUCCGGAUCUGCUGGACUGUGGGCAUCUUCCUCAUCCCCUUCAGCUUCUCAGUCCUACAGGACCUACACCUCCUGGGAGGUGACGAGGAGUGAGAAGCCGGGCAAGCACAAGUAGUAGCCGAUCAGUUGAGCUAGCUGGAGAGGAUCUGCUCAUAUGCUACUGAUGGCUAACUAUUGAAGUGAUGAGUAGGUAGUUCUAAGGAAUAGUUAAUGUAGAGUAUAUAUGCAUUAUAAUGUGUGUUAAUCUAGUAGCUAUAUUGUAGUGUUAUAUAUUUCCAUAGACCGACUAUGCUAGUUGGUGCAUUUGUGUAACUAGGAAAAGUGCCCGUGCGUUGCAACGGGAGAAAAAAAAAUUCACGCCUCAUACACACACUUAACGACAUCAGCAAAUCCUUGAAA